AGUAUUAUCUUUUUUUUUCUUUCAGGUGAUAUAAUACGUGAGAAAUGUUUGGAGGAAUGCGAAGGCAUGGAAAUAGAAUUGUGUACGUAUGAGUCGAGUAGUAGAUUGAUUGAAAAGAUCUUCAAAGACUCGAGAAAGGGUGCGUGCAAAUGGCUCGAGUCAUUUAUGAAAAUCAAGAAAGUCACACAAUUGGAAAUUCUUUGCUCAGGUUGUGCAUGCAGAUGCCUUGAAACUCUACUAUUCGCUCUAUCAACUUCUUCAGAUAUUCAGAUAAUUGAUCAGUUGAGUGACUUAAUUGUGGAUUGUUGGAGUGAACUGGUAGUGAAUCAGAAUGCAAGUCAUUUCAUUCGUUCAUUCACUCGCCACCUAAUCGGUCUACCAAAGCUGGAUCUCAGCAAUUCGAAAACAACUGCUCUUGUGAGAAAUCCGGAUUUGAAACACUCAUCGAAUUUGGAUGAAAUGUCGAGCAUUCUUCCAAGUGAAUGGUUACACGAUGAGAAAGCAUUGAGGAAGCAGUUCAAUCAGUUCAAUUCGACUGUUGGCCUUAAAACUAUCUUCACGAAAAUUAUCAAUUUAGCACUGGAUUAUAAUUUAAUGAAAGAUUGUAUAAAUCGAGAAGCGGUUUCAUUGUUAAUGCAGGAAUUGAUCGAAUAUGAUUGGUUUGCGAGAACAUCGAAAACAACCGAAAUGAUCUUGAAAUGUCUCGGCGAUUCGGAAGGCAGUGUACUUUUGCAGUGGCAGGGCAAGCAAAGUUCUCGAGUGUGGGAAGUGCUUGUGAAACGGACAAGCGAAGAUGCAAGACAAUCGCUUUAUUCAUCCGUGUUGAAUGGGAAACUUUUGGAACUUUCAUUGCAUUCGUUUGCAAAUUUUGUGGUUGGAGCGUUCAUUUCAAGUGCGAAAUCAGAAGAACUUAUAAUUGAUGUAUUCGACGAACUUGUGAAUAAUCUGGAUCAAAUAUGUGAAGGCGAGAAGUGGAGUGUGCUGAAAGGACUGAUCAAGGCAUCGUCACGAUAUCCAGAGUAUCAAGCUGCUCUGCUGAAGAAUCUCCGAUCGCAAUUCGGCAGUGCCCAAAAAUCAACCCGAAAUGCCUUUUUACCCAAUAUUUUGACGCUGAAUAAUGCUGAAAUGAGUGAAGAUGAGACUGGAAAGGUGAAAUUCAAUGUGGAAAACGGUACUCUUCAUGGAUCACUAAUGCUACAAAACCUGAUCACCCUUAAGCAUAACAAAACACUUCUCUUUUCAUUUCUUUCGUUAUCUGAUGAAACAAUCCUCCAAAUGACUUAUAAUCCAAAAGGCAGCCGUGUUAUUCAAGCUUUCCUUCAAUCGAAACACAUCGAUGACACAAAUAAAUUGCAGUUGGCAAAUUUGUUAAUAGUGAGUUAA